CCUUGUCCACAUUCUUCCAUCAUUCAGUUUGGUCUUAGAAGAGAGCGCUGAUUCCACACAGAGAGCUUAACACGCAAAAAAUCAUCGCAAUGUCCAUCCGGAGGCUUAGGAGAAACCCUAAAACACCUGGGGAUGUCAAUAUGGUGACAGAAGAGUUGAGAAAUCUUUAUUACAAGAGGCUGCUGCCGAUAGAGAAAUACUAUUCUUUUCAUCACUUCCACUCUCCGAGCUAUGAGGAUGCAGACUUUGAUAACAAACCCAUGGUGCUGGUGAUAGGUCAGUACUCAACAGGAAAGACAACUUUUAUCAGGUAUCUAAUAGAACAAGAUUUUCCUGGUAGCAGAGUUGGGCCAGAGCCAACCACUGACUGCUUCACUGCUGUCAUGCAUGGAGAAGUGGAAGAAAUGAUCCCUGGUAAUGCUCUUACAGUGGAUCCAAAGAAGCCGUUUCGCAACCUUGACCCUUUUGGAAAUGGCUUUCUGAACAGGUUUCAAUGUGUUCAGACACCAAACAAGGUCCUUGAGAGUAUCAGCAUUAUCGACACACCAGGCAUCUUGACUGCAGCUAAGAGAAAACUAAGCCGAGGCUAUGACUUCCCAGCAGUGCUGCGCUGGUUUGCAGAGCGUGUGGAUCGAAUCAUCCUGCUGUUUGAUGCACAUAAACUGGAGUUCUCUGAUGAGCUCACUCGGGCCUUUGGGGCUCUGUGCGGCAACGAGGACAAGUUGCGUGUAGUUCUUAACAAAGCUGACAGGGUGGACUCUCAGCAGCUCAUGAGAGUGUACGGCGCCCUCAUGUGGUCACUGGGGAAAGUGUUUCGAACCCCCGAGAUCUUGCGGGUUUACAUCGGAUCUUUCUGGUCAGAGCCGAGGCAGGUGUGUGACCACUACGAGCUGAUAGAGCUGGAGGAGGACGAUCUCUUGGCCGACAUAAGGAAUCUGCCACGCAAUGCUGCAGUGCGAAAACUGAACGACUUGGUGAAGAGGGCACGCUUAGUGAGGGCUCAUGCACACAUUAUCAGCUACCUGAAGCAGGAGAUGCCAACCAUUUUUUGCAAAGAAAGCAAGAAGCACAAUCUGAUCUACCAGCUUCCUGUAAUUUUCACCAAGAUCCAGAAACAACACAGAGUCCCAGCUGGUGACUUCCCUGACUGCACCAAGAUGCAGGAACGACUUUUGGGUCAAGAUUUCUCAAAAUUCAAGACACUAAAACCAAGUCUGAUGGCUUCUUUGGACAAACUCCUGAGCACUGACAUAGCAAAUCUGGUGCCCUUAAUCCAACAACAAGAACUGAGGAAGAAAUCACUUCAUGGGAUGAUGGAUGGUGAAUUUCUGGGAACAUUCAGGCCUGAGCAUUACAGGAGAGAUCCCUUCAAGGAACUCAAAGAUGAUGACAGCAAUGAAAUAGAUUCCAAUGAGUGGGUUGUGGAGAGGUACAAGCCAAAGUAUGAUGAGAUUUUCUACAACCUCAGUCCAAAGGAGGGCAAACUGAAUGGCACCAAAGUCAAAGAGUGGAUGACAACCAUCCUUCUGCCCAACUCUGUGCUUGCUCAUAUCUGGAGGCUGUCUGACGUAGAUGGUGAUGGCAUGCUAGACAAUGAGGAGUUUGCUUUGGCCGUCUACCUUAUUGAAGCAAAACUGGAGGGACACUGGCUUCCCCAAGAGCUUCCUUCUCAUCUGGUGCCACCGUCAAAACGGCCGCGUACAGCCAGCGAUGAAGAGUAAACAUGACAUCAAAAGAAGGCUGGAAGCUGAGGAUCUGUGUACAUUACUUGUACAUCAUUUAAUAAACAUAACCUUAAAGCAGUUUGUCAGUUUAAGAAAACUAACAAUACUGUACGUAUGUGCGGUGAAA